UCCGCCCGGACCAAUAACGUCAUCAACCAGCGCGCCGGCGUCCAGUUCAAAACAAACGUACAAAUGUCUUAAGAGAGAGUGAGAGGAGACGCUUUUCAGAAGUUUGUGCACAACGCAUUUUGAUAGUAAUACUCCGCCGAACAUUUGAAGAGCAACUGCCACCAGUAUGGCGAGCAAAUGCCCAGAGUGUGGCUCGUCCAAUGUGGUGGAGGAUGAUCUGUACUCUCAGAGGCAGUGGGUCUGUGAGGACUGUGGCUCAGUUGUCUCUGAGGGCCAUCUGACCACCUUACUGAGCGAUGAGACCCAGGGCAGAGAUGUGCCCUAUCAUGCUUCCACGGAGGUGGUCAAGAAACCGUGUAGAAAUCUAAUUGCUGGCUUCAUUCGGGUGCGUGCGCUGUGCCGUAUCCUCAGGUUAUCCAAUGCCAUGGAAUCGGAAGUAGUGAGUCUCUUUGAGAGCGCUUACAAUCUCCCCAAUUUCCUCCAUGUGACCUUAACCAAGAAAGAAAUCUUGGGAGGCUGUUGCCUACUCUGCGUCUGUCGCCAGAGAAACUGGCCUGUUUCCAUGGGAACCGUUGGUUACCUUUUGGGGGCAGACAAUUCGGCAGUGGGCUCGGUAUAUCAGGAGCUCAUAAAGAGUCUGAACAUUCAGGCCACCACUGCCGGCAUCACAGACCUGAUGGAAAGCUUCUGCUACGAGUUCAAGCUGGGUCCUCAACAGGUGGAGGAGGUGCUUUCUGAAACCCCUCAGCGGCUGCUGGACAGGGUGUCUGCUUUGAUUGAACUAGCUGCUGAUACUUGGAUAGUGACAGGCCGCCAGCCUUUGCCUCUCAUCAUGGGAUCAGCGUAUGUGGCCUGGCAGUCGCUGAAUCCUAUGGCCCGCAUGAAAUACACCUUCACCACGUUCUGCAAGAUUGGAAAAGUACCCGAGCAGUCGUGGCGUAAAAGCAGAGACACGGCCCUGAAGCGGGUGAACGAGCUGCUGGAGGUGUUGUGUAAACUGGGCCGGGAGCUGCCGUGGCUGAGGGGCACCGCAGUGGAGCACAACACCGUGGCCACGCUGGUGGAUGACAUCCUGAAGCACCGCAGGGCAUUGCUUUCGAGGGCUGUUAAAAAAUACGAACAACAACUGCAAAAUGAACUCUCAGAGGCCCAAACGACAGACUGCGACAAUGACCCAUCAGAGUCAAACCGCUCAGAUUCAUCUUCCUCAGAGACGCCUGCGGUCAUGAGCUCUGACCAGGCCGAAUGUGAGAAUCCUGCUGAUGAAGAAGCCACAGAUUGUCAACCAUCACUAACCCACUGGGGUAAAAGGCACUUGUUUUUACCCCCCUGCGUGAAGAGUUGCAAGCGGCAGAAGGUGGACGUUCCACAGCUGGAAGUGACCGGAGAUGAAGACAUAUCGGACAGUGAAAUUGAGUCAUACAUUCGCUCUCAGGAUGAGAUUAAAUUGUAUCUAAAGGCUCAGAAGGAGCUGAAGCAAGCGUAAUUGUCAUAUCGUUUAUGGUUCAAUCAGUUUUUCAUUAGAUUGAUUAUAUUUAUUUCUUGUUACAUGGAUUAGUUCUGUUGUGGCAUUAAAGGGUUCACCCAAAAAUGAAAAUUCUGUCUUUAAUUACUCACCCUCACGUCAUUCCACACCCGUAUCAGAAUGGAUUUUAUCAGAAAUAGAUGAACAAAGGUCUUACGGGUGUGGAUGGACAUGAGGGUGAGUAAUUAAAGACAGAAUUUUCAUUUUUGGGUGAGCUAAUCCUUUAAAUCGUAAUGUAAGAUUUACCUCAACUUUUUGUUGUUGUCUAAACUGGUUCAUUUCUCCAUUUAUUUCUGUACUAUUUUAUCAUUAUUCUAGUUUGAGUUUGUGAAUUAGCACUGUUGUGAAUAGCUGCUUUUGCAGGAAGCAAUUUAUAAUCUUGCCGGAGCCUGUAAUUUCAUAUCAUUUGAUAGAUGCCGCAUAUGCAUUUGACGUAAAUAACAGCCUCUAAAGUCCCUGUGUCUGAAACAAAUUGAUUUUCUGUUGCACAUCAUCCAUCGGAUGUAUUAUUCCAGGAAAAUUCAUUUUCGAGACCUUGAUUUUAUUGGCGUCCAAGUCACAGCUGUUCCUGCUCACCUUGUGUUCGUGAAGGAAUCAUUAGUAUGAGCCGUUUUCAUUCUUUCGGUUGCUUGAGGCUUUACCAUUUUUAAAAUGUCCCACAGGUGUGUGAUCUUGACAAUGAUAUACAAAGGUGACCGCAAUAAUUGAAGUGCUUGUUCUCAUUAUGUUGUUUUAUUUGUCUGGUCCUUCAGGAGAUAUGCUGGUUUUAAAAUCAGUUGCUACUUUGAAUAAAAGGCUUUCUGGCAGUUGGAGCUCAA